UACAUUGGUUAGGAGACAAAACACAAAAGUAUGUUACGCAGUCAAAUGAUACAAAACGAUCUUUACGUAAAGCCACGAGGUAGUGGCGAAUGGUGAUAAUGAAGCACGUCCCUACAGUCUUCUUUUUUCUCUCCACUCUCCUCCUUCUCGUCUCCGUCGAAUCUCUACGGCCACCACUGUUUCCCGAUGAAGCUCUCCCUACUAAAUCCGGUUACCUUCCGGUUAAACCCGCCCCAGGCUCCUCCAUGUUCUACGCCUUCUACGAAGCCCAAAAGCCAACCACUCCUCUUCCCAACGACACUCCCCUCCUCGUUUGGCUCCAAGGUGGGCCAGGCUGCUCUUCCAUGAUCGGCAACUUCUACGAGCUCGGCCCUUGGCGCGUGCUUUCAAACGCCACCAAUCUCGAACCCAACCCUGGCGCCUGGAACCGCCUCUUCGGUCUACUUUUCUUGGAUAGCCCCAUCGGAACCGGGUUCAGCAUCGCCGCUUCGAAACAAGACAUACCAAGAAAUCAAAAACAGGUGGCAGAGCAACUCUACGCAGCCCUCGCGGAGUUCAUCGAGCAAAACCCGGGUUUUGAAAACCGGCCGGUUUACAUAACCGGCGAGAGCUACGCUGGAAAAUACGUUCCGGCCAUUGGUUACUACAUCCUUAAAGAAAAACCCAACGGGAAAGUGAAUCUAAUGGGCCUUGCCAUCGGAAACGGGCUGACCGACCCGGUGAUCCAGAUCCGGACCCACGCGGUCAACGCCUACUACUCCGGUUUGGUCAAUGCGAAACAGAGAGAGGCGCUGGAGAAAGCUCAAGAGACAUCCGUAGCUCUCGCGAAGGCUCAGAAAUGGCGCGAAGCAACGGAAGCUAGAACCGAGCUACUGACGCUGCUCCGCAACAUGACGGGACUCGCGACGCUAUACAACCAAGCGCGGAUGAUCCCGUACAGGACGGACCUCGUGGUGGAUCUCAUGAACCUUAGAGAGGCGAAAAAGGUUUUGGGAGUGAGCGAAACGGUGCGUUUUGAGGAAUGCAGCGAUGAGGUGGACGACGCUUUACGUGGAGACGUGAUGAAGAGCGUGAAGUUCAUGGUGGAGUACGCGUUGGAGAGAACCGACGUGUUGUUGUACCAAGGUAUGCUGGAUCUUAGAGACGGCGUCGUUUCGACGGAGGAGUGGGUGAAGACUAUGAAGUGGUCGGGGUUGGGUGCGUUUUUGAAGGCGGAGAGGAGGGUGUGGAAGGACGGGGAAGGUGAUCUCGCGGGUUAUGUUCAGAGGUGGGGGAAUUUGACGCAGGUGGCGGUUUCGGGAGCAGGGCAUCUUGUUCCGACAGACAAGGCUGUUAACUCGAGGGAUAUGAUCGAAGGUUGGGUUUUGGGGAAAGGUUUGUUCGGUGGUGGUGGUGGUGAUGUUGUGAAACAAACGUUAUCGUCUAGCUUUUUAGCAUAUUUAAAUUUGGAAUGAUCCAAAAUAAGAUUUUGGAUUGUACUAGCUGUGUAGUAGUGUGUUGUGUCUGAAUAAGAGUCUGAUUGAAACUGUACUUUAGAAAUAUGUUUUGUAUGGUCAACUGAUUAAACUGAUUUCAAAUUCAGUGUUUUCUGAAA